GCUUCAGCCGUGGGGCGGAAGGAGGUGGAGGGGGCGGCGGCAGCGGCGGCGGCGGCGCUGGCGCCGCCCGAAGGCCCGGGUAUUAAAGCUGAGGACGUCCGGGGACCCGGCAGCGGCGGGCAGCGUGCGGCACGCUGCGCGCCGGCCCCAGGGAGCAGCAGGCAUGGUGUCCCAGGUGCUGCAGCUGCUCCGGCAGGGUGUGUGGGCCGCGCUCACGGGGGGCUGGUACCACGACCCGGAGCAGAGCAAGUUCACCAACAGCUGCCACCUCUACCUGUGGCUGUUCCUGCUGCUGCUGCCCCUGACCCUGCACCUGGCUUUUCCUCCACACGCCAUCACUGUCUUUCUUUACUGCAGUUCAGUGACCAUACUCUUCACUGUCAUCAAAGUGGUCAGUUACCGCCUCCACCUCAUGUUUGAUAAAGGGGAAGUGAUUCAACAAAGGCCUUCCAGAAAGAAAGAAAAGCCCAGUAGAGACAAAGAGGCCAACAGUGAACAUGUAACCAACCACAAAAACCCAAGCAAUAACAGGCAGAUUAACAAUGGCAAGAAGGAACAGGCCCACCAGAACCUCUCUACGCCUCCUCUCCGCUGCAGCUCCAGGGGGCAAAGCAUACACUCUCAGCAAUCUUCUGGUGAUCCACUGGAGUUGCCAGCACAGGAAACAGUGGAAGAUCUCAAAGGUGUCGUUCUGUCAGAAGACCAACCUGUAGCUCCAGUGUCAUCUACCUCACCUGGUAUCAAAACAGAAAACUUACCUGCUUCUAAAGGGUUCAUGCCGGAAACCAUGACCACGUCAGCAAUGCCAUUGAAACCAGUUGUGGCAGAAACUCUUAUCAAUGAUAAAGGGAAAGAAAGGGGAGCCAAGGGGCAGCCCCCUUUCCGCCACAGAUCUGAGGGCGGCUUAGUGGAUAAAGAAGGCUCGAAGAAGUUGCCACACCUGUCUUUGUCUCAGUAUGACUUACUAGAAACAGACGUCUCCUUCCAGCCGUGGGGGAGUGAGAAUUCCGUCCUGAUUCCAGAACCUGCGAAUUACGCCCAGGGCUCCAUAAGGGAACAGUUGCAAAGCAUGUCGCCUCAGGACAGCCUGAGCAGUAGCUGCCCUCAGUGUAACACGGUCAUCGCCAAAGCUGAGCACAGACCAGUGGAUGCUUCCUGGCAGGUGGACCCGCCCUUGAACCAGGAAGUGGACUACUCAGAUAGUGAGGUAGCUGUUACUCUUAUUGACACUUCUCAGCCUGGAGAUCCACUGAGUCUGCAUGAACCCAUUAAAAUUGUCAUCACCAUGAGCAGUACCCAGAACUCCCUGACAGACUUGGAAAGCUCGCUCCACCUGAAGGUCAUUAGCACUGAGAGAACUGGUUUAAAGUCUGAUGCUGAGCUGGCUACCCCAGGGGUGGCCAGUCCUGCAAACGUGGAGCAGAUGAGAAUUCCUGUCAUCACCCUCGAGCUGUCUGAGGAUGGAGGAGGAGACGUUGUUUGUCCUGAAGACAAUGGAAGUGAAAGGACUCCAGAGAGACUGACGGUGGAGGCAUCCUCCAAUCAGUGCUCUGGCUAUGAAUCUGGGGACGGGGGAAAGGCCACCAACGACUAUGGUCCUUCCCCAGGAGACCAGUGUGAAACAACACCCCCGCUCACACCUAACAUGGUCUUUGAGUCUGAAGCGGGAAGGGAAGGCCAGGCUAACCUUAACCCAUCAUCUUGUAAGACCAGUCAUGAAAAGAGACAUGCCCGGGUCCUCAGUGUUGACAGUGGGACAGACGUCUUCUUGUGCAAAAGUUCCCCAGAAAUCACCAACGAGAAAGAGAAAACAAUACCAACUUCCAAAUCUGAUCUCGAGGCAAAGGAAGGACAAAUACCAAAUGAAUCCAACUUCUUGGAAUUUGUCUCCCUGUUAGAAUCAAUUAAUACUUCCAAGAUGGUGGCCUCUGACCAAAGGCAUGGGUCAGCAGAGGGGAACAGAGAAAGGGGGCUGCUCAGAGAUGACUGCUCCCAGGAGAAAAAGGAGGAAAUCUUGGAAAGUGAAAAGCCCAAUGGAGGUAAUUCCAAGCAAGGAAAACCAGACAUGCAGAGUCAAGACCACACCAGCGCCAGCCCCGUGCUCAAUGAGCCUGCCAAGGUCACAACCCUUUUCCAGGGCAAUAGACAAAGACAAAUAAUCUACAGGGUAACUUCCCAACAAGAUAGUUCUGUCUUGCAAGUCAUCAGUGGGCCAGAAACAUCUGUGCAAGACGAGAUUUCUGUGGACGCUAUGCAUGUCUUCAUCGAUGAACAUGGGGAAAUUAGAUCCUGUUAUUUAAAGUCUGGAAAUCAGAAAGAAGACCCUUUACAGCAUCAGCCAUCAAAUUAUGAUGGUUUCUCUCCUGCUCGAGAGAUGCAGAUCAAUUCCUCCAGUACCACAACUUCUGAGAGUCAAGAUCCUUCUUCCGGGGACCCUGCAGUCAGUGCACUUCAACAACAGCUGUUACUAAUGGUGGCUCGGAGGACACAGUCAGAAACCCCACGGCAUGUAAGUCAGGAUCUGGAAGACUCAUCAUGUUCUUCGACACAAGGAAAAUUUAACCGAGAACAGUUUUACAAAUUCAUCAUUUUCCCUGGCAAGUGGAUUAAAGUCUGGUAUGAUCGACUUACCUUGUUGGCGUUACUUGAUCGAACUGAAGAUGUCAAGGAAAAUGUGCUGGCGAUUUUACUCAUCGUCCUGGUUUCCCUACUGGGAUUUCUGACCUUGAACCGAGGCUUUUGCAAAGACAUGUGGGUGCUCCUCUUCUGCCUGGUCAUGGCCAGCUGCCAGUAUUCCCUGUUAAAGAGUGUCCAGCCUGACCCCGCCUCGCCAAUACAUGGACACAACCAAAUCAUAACAUAUAGCAGACCAAUCUAUUUUUGUGUGCUGUGUGGCCUUAUUUUGCUUCUUGAUACAGGGGCCAAAGCCAGGCACCCUCCCUCUUACGUUGUCUAUGGCCUGAAGCUCUUCUCUCCAAGGUCCCUCCAAUCAGCUAGGGACCUCUUAAUAGUAUUUUUGUAUUGCUUCCCUGCAAUUUCCCUCCUCGGGCUCUUCCCGCAGAUCAACACUUUCUGCAUUUAUCUUUUGGAACAAAUCGACAUGCUGUUUUUUGGAGGUUCUGCUGUUUCUGGGAUGACGUCGGCCAUUUACAGCGUGGCUCGGAGUGCCGCGGCUGCCGCCCUGCUCCACGUGUUCUGCUUCAGCGCAGUGAAGGAACCGUGGAGCACACAGCACAUCCCAGCGCUGUUCUCAGCCUUCUGUGGCCUGUUGGUUGCACUUUCCUUCCAUCUGAGCCGUCAGAGCAGCGACCCCUCUGUGCUCCUGUCCUUUAUUCAUUGCAGAUUGUUUUCUAAAUUUUUACACCAAAAUCUGGAAGAGUUGGCUGCAGACCCUCUCCCCAAGAAGAUGAAAGAUUCAGUGAGGGAGAUCUUAAAGUCGGAUCUCAUUAUCUGCUCGGUGGCUGCUGUUCUGUCAUUUGCAAUCAGUGCCAGCACUGUGUUCCUGUCCUUGCGACCCUUCCUCAGCGUCGUGCUGUUUGCCCUGGCUGGCGCUGUGGGAUUUGUGACCCAUUACAUGCUGCCUCAGCUCCGCAAGCACCAUCCGUGGAUGUGGAUUUCACACCCCGUGCUUAAAAACAGAGAGUACCAGCAGCGGGAAGUGCGAGAUGUCGCCCAUUUAAUGUGGUUUGAAAGACUCUAUGUUUGGCUUCAGUGUUUUGAAAAAUAUAUCUUGUACCCAGCAAUAAUUUUGAAUGCCCUCACUAUUGAUGCAUUUUUAAUAAGCAAUUACCGGAGGCUUGGUACCCACUGGGACAUUUUUCUGAUGAUCAUCGCCGGCAUGAAGCUGUUGCGGACGGCUUUCUGUAACCCAGUUCACCAGUUUAUCCACUUGAGCUUUACUGUAAUCUUUUUCCAUUUUGACUACAAAGAUAUUUCAGAGAGUUUCUUACUGGAUUUCUUCAUGGUGUCCAUUUUAUUUAGCAAGCUCGGGGACCUGCUUCACAAGUUACAGUUCGUCAUGACGUAUGUGGCUCCUUGGCAGAUGGCUUGGGGUUCUUCAUUUCAUGUGUUUGCUCAGCUCUUUGCAAUCCCGCAUUCUGCCAUGCUUUUCUUUCAGACGUUUGCCACGUCCAUCUUUUCUACUCCAUUGAGCCCGUUUCUCGGGAGUGUCAUUUUCAUCACCUCGUAUGUCAGGCCAGUGAAAUUCUGGGAGAAGAACUACAAUACAAGGCGUGUGGAUAAUUCCAACACAAGACUGGUUGUCCAAAUUGAAAAAGAUCCAGGGAACGAUGACAACAAUCUCAAUUCCAUCUUUUACGAGCACUUGACCAGGGCCCUCCAGGAGUCCCUGUGUGGAGACUUAGUUCUUGGUCGAUGGGGUAACUACAGCUCUGGCGAUUGCUUUAUUUUGGCUUCCGAUUACCUCAAUGCUUUUGUUCACCUGAUUGAAAUCGGCAAUGGUCUUGUCACCUUUCAACUUCGAGGAUUGGAAUUCCGAGGAACCUACUGCCAGCAGAGAGAGGUGGAAGCCAUCAUGGAAGGGGACGAGGAUGACAGAGGCUGCUGCUGCUGCAAACCGGGCCACUUGCCCCACCUGUUGUCCUGCAAUGCCGCCUUUAACCUCCGCUGGCUCACCUGGGAGAUCACACGCACGCAGUACAUCCUGGAGGGCUACAGCAUCAUUGACAACAACGCGGCCACCAUGCUGCAGGUGUUUGACCUCCGAAGGAUCCUCAUCCGAUUCUACAUCAAGAGUAUAAUAUACUUUAUGGUGACAUCCCCCAAACUCCUCUCCUGGAUCAAAAAUGAACCACUCCUGACGUCCCUGCAGCCUUUCACCAAGUGGCAUUACAUUGAGCGUGACCUUGCGAUGUUCAACAUUAACAUCGAUGAUGACUAUGUCCCCUGUCUCCAGGGGAUAACACGAGCCAGCUACUGUAAUGUUUAUCUAGAGUGGAUUCAGUACUGUGCACAGAAAAGACAAGAGUCUUCGAAGAACCUGGACAGUGACGAGGACUCUCCUUUAGUGACUCUGUCCUUUGCCCUCUGUAUCCUGGGGAGGAGAGCUCUGGGAACGGCUGCUCACAAUAUGGCCCUCAGCCUGGAUUCUUUCCUGUAUGGUCUUCACACCCUCUUCAAAGGUGACUUUAGAAUAACAGCACGAGACGAGUGGGUAUUUGCUGACAUGGACUUACUGCAUAAAGUUGUCGCCCCAGCUAUCAGGAUGUCCCUGAAGCUUCACCAGGACCAGUUCACUUGUCCUGAUGAGUAUGAAGACCCAGUGGUCCUCUAUGAGGCCAUCCAGUCUUUUGAGAAGAAAGUGGUGAUCUGCCAUGAGGGUGACCCGGCCUGGAGGGGCGCGGUGCUCUCCAACAAGGAGGAGCUGCUCACCCUGCGGCACGUGGUGGACGAGGGUACCGAUGAGUACAAGGUCAUCAUGCUCCACAGAAGCUUCCUGAGCUUCAAGGUGAUCAAGGUUAACAAAGAAUGUGUCCGAGGACUCUGGGCCGGGCAGCAGCAGGAGCUCAUAUUCCUUCGCAACCGCAACCCAGAGCGUGGCAGCAUCCAGAACAAUAAGCAGGUCCUACGAAACUUGAUUAAUUCCUCCUGUGAUCAGCCCCUGGGGUACCCCAUGUACGUCUCCCCCCUAACCACAUCCUAUCUAGGGACCCACAGGCAGCUGAAGAACAUCUGGAGCGGGCCGGUCACGUUGGACAACAUCAGGACGUGGUUCCUAACCAAGUGGUUAAGAGUGAGGAAGGACUGCGAUGCUGGCCAGCACCACGGGGGCAACAUUGAAGAUGUGGAUGGAGGGGGGGCCCCACCAGGGGGCCCACCUGCAGGUGGCAGCAAUGCCCCGAGUGCUGACAGCCAGGAGAGCAGCACAGAACAGCCCAGAAAAGCUGGGACUCACCACUGGUCACCUCAUGCAAGGACACGGAGGACAGGGAGGAGGAAAGGCAGGAGUCAGUCUGUCCAGGCACCAGGGGCGUUAGGCCAACGGCCACCCAUUCUGAGCUCGUCUGGCCCGAACUUAGAAAGCCACCAGGCCUUCCUCCAGACAUCCACGUCAGUCCACGAGCUAGCCCAGAGGCUCUCGGGCAGCCGGCUCUCCUUACACACCUCGGCCGCGUCCCUGCACUCGCAGCCCCCACCUGUCACGACCACCGGCCACCUGAGUGUCCGCGAGCGGGCCGAGGCGCUCAUCAGGUCCAGCCUGGGCUCGUCCACCAGCUCCACCCUGAGCUUCCUCUUUGGCAAGAGGAGCUUCUCGAGUGCUCUCGUCAUUUCUGGACUCUCUGCCGCGGAGGGGGGCAACACCAGUGACACUCAGUCGUCCAGCAGCGUCAACAUCGUGAUGGGCCCCUCGGCCAGGGCAGCCAGCCAGGCCACACGGCACUUCUCGGAGCCAUGUGAACCCACUGAGGCCACCGAGGAGGGACAGCUUCACGACCACCGCCUGGCUGAGGCCCUGGCAGAGACCCUCGGGAUGAUCUGCAGAAGAGCAAGCCAGGAGGACAUGGGCCUAGAUGACACGGCUUCCCAGCAGAGUGCUUCUGAUGAGCAGUAGGGAGCCCGAGGCCGGGAGGGACCCGCACACUCAGGGGAGGGAGUCCCCCACGGCCUCGCCUUUCUUUUUCUCCCUUGUGCUCCCCAAAAGUAAACCGAGCAAAUAUUGCCAUCCCUGGGAGGCCCUUCCUGUGGAGAAAUGAGAGCUGCUGGAGAAAACAGAAUAACUUUAUCUCAGGUUCUUGAAAAAUAUCUCACAUGAUGGAAAUAAAAACCUUGGCGCUGCGCCUCCUUCGCCCGCUGCCCCAGAGCUGCAGAGUGCGGGAGGCACAGGGCACUUUCCAGAAUUUGAAAAUUCAAACAGAAGCCAUGUGAUAUCUUCAAAUGACUAAAGUAGAGCACAUUAAAUGUUUCCUGCCCUGAUGAAAAUAAGACAACUGCAUGUUAAAUAAUUGGCGUUGUAUACAUUACUGUUACCAUGAAAAAAAUGAAUAGCAGCCCGUGUCACACCAUCAGCUGGGCAAACACGCUAAGGUUAAAUCUGUGUAUGAAGUCAGUCUCCCUUCUUUAUAAUACUUAUGCAGAUGUUAAGUAUAAACCAGUGACAGCUUUACUGAAGAAACUUAGUGCAUGCAGUCACGUCUACACUACCCUGUGGAGGAAACGACAAUACCUAGCGAUGGGAGCACAGCGGUCAAGGCAAGGCGGAGCAGGAAGCCGACCUGACACUCACCUACAGUCAGGGCAACUUCCUACGACAAGCCACACCUCGCCCGGGGCUCCCAGAUGCCUCACAGGAACGCA